AUGCUUGCGAACACGAAUGGGAAAAGGAUACGCUUCAUGGACUCGUGUGCCCGCGGUGCGAAAGCGAAGCAACAGAAAUCGUUCAUUUCCCUAGAGAACGACCCUCGCGACUUCCACGAUGCCCCAUCGCCUCUCUCCUCCGGCGACGGUCCCCGUGGGCCCCGCAGGGCAGACUCCGACUCCGACCCCGACGAAGCUGAUAUUGAGGAACACUUGCACCAAGGCCCCCAUGGAUUUAAUAUUCAUCGAUCCACGUGGGGUAAUCCUCACGGAGAUGAACAAGGCGGGCGCCAGCCGCCUGAUCCCGCCAACGGGGACCAGGUGAUAGGCCGCUUCCUCGAGCUUCUGAGCACAUUUGGACACGGAGCACAAGGCGGGCCAGACUUUGACCAUGAUCACCCGCAAAGGCCUCCCCAACCAUUCGGCAGCAGUCCGUUUGGCGGUUCUGGAAACGUGCGGACGUUCACUACUAGGCGAGGGAACGGUUUCACAAGCUUCACAAUCGCUACCGGACCGAUCCAUGUUCAAGGCGGUGGUCGGGCUCGAGCAUUUGGACGCCCGUCCGAAGACCAGGCGCAGGGGCAGGGUCAUGAUGAUUUUCAGUCAGUCUUCAGCAACAUUCUCACCGGCGCCGGUCCACCACAACAGCCGCAUGGUGAAGACAUGCCCGGACAAGGCCCACGGCCCCGCGCCGCCGGUGCCCAGAACCUUGCUGCGAGUCUGCAUCAAAUCUUGAAUAUGUUGGCACCAGGAAAUGGUCAAUUUGGCGAUGCGGUCUACACGCAAGAAGCUCUCGACCGGAUCAUUUCCAACAUGAUGGAGACGAAUCCGCAGUCAAACGCCGCGCCGCCAGCCUCAGAGGACGCCAUCGGCAAAUUGCAACGCAAGGCAGUGGAUGACGAGAUGCUGGGCCCCGAAGGCAUGGCCGAGUGUACCAUUUGCAUCGAUGAGCUGAAGAAGGGUGAGGAAGUGGUAUACCUGCCUUGCAAGCACUGGUUCCAUGACACGUGCGUUGUGAUGUGGCUCAAGGAGCACAACACUUGUCCCAUUUGUCGAACACCGAUUGAGGAGAGGACCGAAAGCGCGAGCGGUGGUCAGCAAGGUGAUGGAGGGGAGGGGAGCGGCAGACCGGCACCCGGACCAUCGAACUCAGCGCCACCCGGUGGUGGACAACCUCCCCCGUUUUUCGGAUUCGGCAUGCCAAGUCCCCACGGCGAUGGCGCUCCUCCCCCCAACAGCACAGGCGGCUGGGGCUAUGCUGCUCCGCCGCAACCGCCUCACCCGUCGACGCGGCCUGUACAUACACGGCAAUUCCACUGGUCCUUCCAGUUACCACAGAAUGGGCCAGCGGGCAACACGAGGGGCGAGGGCAGCUCCCGCAGCCCUCGGGGAUAUGACAUCUUCCCACCGAGACCGUACGACUCACAGUCUUCGUCUCGACAGUCGUCUCAGAGGCGGCACUCGAUGUCUCCACCAGCAACGAACACGGGCUCUCGCACUAGGCAACGAAGCCCAACACCGAGCAGCUGGAAUCGGGGACACCAGCAGGCAGGGACAGGCCAAGCACAGAACCAGACUCAAUCACAGGGUGGUCCGCUUAGUUGGCUGAGGAAUCGCCUGUCCAGGUCUGGUCCGAGUGACGGGCCGCCCCCGGAUGGACCAGGACGAGAUGUAUUGGCAGAUCUGGUGGUGAGCCAGGUCGGAGAGAGAGUGGCCAAGGUGAAAUGCUACCAAGAUGUGGUGGGGUCUGCUAAACGGUCUGUGCCAGGACCCCGCGGUUUCCCCCACCAAAUCAAGCAUGUCGCCGUAGGCUUGGAAAAGGGCAUCGAGUGGGGCGCACCCGAUCGCUCCGCGGAGCGACAGCACAACAAAGCAUGGCAAGCAUGGCAUCAGCGUGGGUGGACAUGUGCCGCUGCAACGAGACAACGCCAUUCCGUGGCGAGGUGUGCUCACUGGCCCCGUCAAUGGAGGGUUCCCCCACCGGCUGCUGAUGAGAAGAGGUCGAGCGCCAUUCUUCCUUCCUUCCUCCCUCCCCUGUAG